AUGUGACGCAAUCGAUAGACAGAGAGCCGAGGAUUUUGGGUUUUGAUUGGAUCGCCGAUGUUAGCGGAUUCUCUUCCAGCUCUAAAGCGAAGAAGAUUCGCCAUUGCUGAUCCUAUGGAAGCUCAAGUUGCUACGGAAAAGCUUGCUGCUGCAAAGCAAAAUUAUGGGAGAGAAAUCCAUGUAUUUGAGACAACAACUGCAACAAUAUCUCGAACAUCAAAUGAUGCCUCAGACGGUGAGGAACCAGAUGACCAACUGGAAUUCACCACAGAAGAUUAUUAUCGCGUCUUGUCUACCAAAAAGGAAGAUAAAUAUUUGAAAACCAAGAAAAUUCGAGACGCAGAAGCAGCAGCAAGUAGAUCAAGGAUUACCAAGGCUGUGGUUCGUGUAAGGUUCCCAGAUAACCACACAUUGGAAGCCACAUUCCAUCCAUCAGAGACGAUGCAAAGCUUAGUUGAUCUUCUUGUGAAAGUUAUGGCUCGACCAGACCUCCCUUUCUAUAUAUAUACUGUUCCUCCCAAGAAGCAAAUAAAGGACAUGUCUCAGGACUUCUAUUCUGCUGGUUUCGCUCCUGGUGCGAUCGUCUAUUUUUCGUAUGAUCUACCACAAGUUGAUGAUAAUAUUGGAGCAGCAGGGCCCUUUCUUAAAGAGGAUGUCAUGUCUUUAAAAGGUCUAGAACUCAUACUUGAACAGAAACCCGAACCUGAUCACUCUGCUCCUGAACCUUCGGUGGCUGCAGCCCCUGCGGCUCGAAAAUCUGCUGCCGAGAAGAAGAUGGUCAAGCCAAAGUGGUUGAAAAUGUGACAUCUUGGAGAGAGAAAUACCGGUUAAAAUUGUUUUUUUUUUUAAUUCUCAGUUCUUGUUCAUAUUUGUUCAGAAUGCUUUAUGUACUUGGGGUAUAUGUUUGUAUGUUUACUGUUUUCUAGUAUUGGUUCUGCUCUUGGCUUUCUU